CAUAAAAGUAAUUCAUAAAAUAAAUCUAUCCUUUCAAUCUCAUAAAAAAUUAGUUUUUGUAGAAAAAUUAAAUAAAAUAUAAGUUUUAAAUAAUAUUUCUGAUGGAACAGAAAAAGAAACAGAAUUGGUAAGAAUAUCUUUGGUUGAAUAAUAUUUACAUUUAUUCACUAACUUUCAUAUUUAAAAUAAUAUAAUCACAGUAGUUUAAAAACUAACUCCUAUUUUUUUAUAGUAUAAUUAAUUCAAAUAAAAACUAAAAAAUAGAAAAAAACCAAAAAACUCUUUGUUAAAAAAUGAGAAAAAUAAUCAUUAUUGCUGCCUUGAUCUGCUUAACUUUUGCUCAAAACGUUCAAGAAUGCCCUACUGAUGGUAGACAAUUGAAAUGCACAAUUCAACAAUCUCCAGUCUGUGGUAUUAGAGGUUUAUCUAAUGGAAAGUAGAUUAAGGAGAACUUUGAUAACUACUGCAUCGCCUGCUCAAUUGGAAAAGUAGAAUACACUGUUGAGGGAAAGUGCGAAGAUUACCCUGCUUAAGCUAAGUUCUGCUCUCCUGCUUAAUCUAAGGCUUAAAUCUGCACCAUGGAAUAUGCUCCUUAAUGUGGAUUCUUUAAUAAAUCUGUUAACUGCAUCGCCGCACCAUGUGCUAUUGAUGAAUACAACAGAUGCAAGGCUUGCUCUACAGAAAAUGUUCUUUAUACCAUUAAGGGUAAAUGUCAUCACGAAUGAAAAAUAUUAAAUAAUUGAUUAAUUAUCUUUGAUGAUAUAUCAGUAAUUACAUAUUAUAUAUGUUUUAUAAUGUAAAUAUCUCAUAAUUUUUUUAAUACUUAGAAAUAAUUGGAAA